AUGGAGGUAGCCUCGUCGGCGCGAUCGCGACCGACGGCGCUAUCACUGUCGGUGGCGUCAGCUCCUAACGAGGCUUCGGGAGUUGCGCACACGCGACGGCCAUCAGGCGGGAAUGUUCCCGGCUCACCUCCCAGCACCAUUUCCAACCGAUCUCGAUCUCGCUCCCUCUCAAAUCUGGCGGCGGUCAUGGGCGGGGGGAAGGCAGGCGGGUGCUGGAUUUGCGGCGGAGCUCGGUGGCACGCGACAUGCUCGGCGGCGCUGGUGCUGCUGACGAUAAUCGGCUUCAUGUCGUGGAAUUCGUUUCACGCCAGCCAUUGGACGAGAUGGUGGAGGAGAAUGAUUUUCCGCUGGACGACGUGUUUGUGCGAAAUCGAGCCGUUCAAUAAGGAGGACUGGACGCAGGGCCAGGCGAUGCACUUAGACCGGCCUGACACUUUCCUAAGAGACUUUCUUAAGGACCUGGAUGUGGUCGUUCUGAACACGGGGCAUCACUGGAACCGGGGGAAAAUGAAAGAAUAUGCACUGGAGUUUUUCCUGAAUGGGAGCAAGGCACCACCUGUGAAAAGGAGGCCAAUGGUCAUGGCGCUGGCGCUGAAAACUGCGAUCCGGUCGGUGUCUGUGUGGAUCGAUGAGCAGCUGAAGGGGAGCGGAGGGGAGGGUGGUUUGCUGGUGAAGCUAGGAGAACGAAAGAGAGAGGGAGAAGGGAAGGGCGAAGGAGAGGGAGAGCUAGGGGGGGAAGAUGGAGGAGGGGAUGGAGUGAGGCGGCAGUUGGGUUCCGGUGUGGAACUUCCAGCUUUUGUGGCGGGUGGGGGUGUGAAGUUGGAGACCGCGAUUUUUGCGACGCCAGACACGAAGCCGAUGGUGUUUCUGCGAUCGAUUACGCCGAGACAUUUCAUGGAGGGGGAGUGGGACUCUGGAGGGCGAUGCGACCAUCUCAAGCAUCCCUUUGGGGAAGUGGAGGUGGCCAAUAUGACGUUAAGGGAUCCUGAAAAGGAGGAUGGAGUGUUGGGAACUUCAGUACACCUGUUGAACAUCACGCACCUGUCGGCUUACCGUGGUGAUGCACACCCAGCCAUAUGGGAUCCUCGAUCCGAUACUCCCAAGGGUCAAGACUGCCUACACUGGUGCUUACCGGGCGUUCCCGACACGUGGAAUGAGCUGGUUUACACACAUAUUGUGGAAAGGGGAAGGCUGGAGAAGCAGAGUGUCAUGUAA